AAAUGCUUUCGCUCGAUGAGGAAAACUGCAGAUCCACACACCCUCUACAUCAAUAUAGCUGUGGACAAGAUCACUGAUGCCUAUUGCUCUUGCAAGGCUGGAUCAGAGAGUCUACAAAACGUUCAGCAUCUGUCAGAGCAAUGGAGGAAAUCUAUAUGAAUGUUCAUCCUGUGAAAACUGUCUGUCAAAUUCAAGGUCCUGGCAGCUCUAAGAAGAGGCUCUAUGUCGGUGUUAUCAUCUCUCUGGGGCUUCUGAAUGUUUUCCUGCUGAUUGGACUCAUCAGCCUUGGUGUUUUCUUUCAUGAUGCAGGCAGCUUGGCAGCAGAUCUCACCGACACCAAAGACAAUCUGACUGAUCGUCUCCAGGACAGCAAUAACCAGCUUUCUGCAAUGAUUGAAGAAAGAGACCGUCUGAAUGCAACCCUCACAGAAAUGUCUAACGAGAUCAUCAGGCUUCAGAGUUUGUUGAAGAAAAAGAAAACCUGUCCUGCAGGAUGGAGGACGUUCAGUUGUUCUUGUUAUUUCCUCUCUACAUCAUCUGGCUCCUGGAAUAAAGCCAGAGAAGACUGCAGGAACAGAGGAGGAGAUCUGGUGGUGAUAAAUGACGAUGAUGAACAGAAUUUUCUUUCUACAAUCAUCAAUAAAGAAACAUGGAUUGGUUUGAAUGAUAUAGAAACUGAGGGAUCCUGGAAGUGGGUUGAUGACACUCCGCUGACUCAACUACUUACCAAACACUGGUCAAAAAAACAGCCUGAUAAUGGUGGUGGAGACCCAUAUUGGGGGGAAGAGGACUGUGCACAUAUCAACACUGAAAAGUUGUGGAAUGAUCGUAAUUGUUCUUCUUCUAUGCAGUGGAUCUGUGAAAAGGAUCCAGUCUAAAUUGGGAGUGUGUUAGGAAUUGCUUUACAGUUGAGACUAAGUUUAGCUUGCUCUGCUUUAUGCUUGACUGCAUUAUUGCCUGUGACUGGCCUCUGUGGUCUCUGUGAACGUCGACAUGAAGGCCUGAUUGUAGUGACUGCAACAACUGUGUGCACCAACACUGAAACUCCAAAGGGUGGCGCUAAACACCAAAUUGAUGUUUAAUAAUAAUAAAAAUGAUGAAAAUCAGUGAACUCAUGAACAGAAGAAAAGAAAAUACCACAAGACUAGUUUUAAGUAUAACUGUGGGGAGAUUCUAUUGUUGACCCAUUUGGAUUAUUUCUCAGGAACCACAAGGACAAAAAACUGCACUGUUUGUUUAUUGACAAAUCAUGUUAUUCAAUUCUUCUUGUUUUGUAACAAGACUGUGAGGAUUUGGGUUUUUCUCUGUGUUAAUUUAGGUUUUUGUGUCGUUUUCAUUUAAUUCAGUCUCUUUGUUGUCCUGUCCACCCCUUGAUUGUCCCCAGCUGUCCCUUGUUUCUCCUUAUUGUCUCCCUGUGUAUUUAAUCCCACCUGUGUUCCUGGUUCCUUGUUGGGUUCUCGUCUUGUCUGCUGUCAAGUCUGUUGUUAAGGUUUAAUUAUCCCAGUUGCUACCAGCUCUGAACUUUGUUGUGUCUGCUUUUCUGUGUUGCCUGGAUUUCUGGAUUUUGGAAUUGCAUUUUCACCAUUAAAUCAUCUUUAAUUCACUCCAACAUGGGUCCUCUGCGUCUGCCUCACCACCUCUCUACCACAAUUCAUGACAAAGACAGUAAACAAACUAUAUCAUUCUCACCAUAAGACUCAUCUCUGAGUGGAGCGCAGCAGUUCAUCUUAGUGAAUAUGAACACAUUCCUGUCCACACAGUCUGAGUGACUCAUAU